CCGCGCGUCAGUGCAGUAUUCACCCGCGACGAACACACCCUUCCUUGGAGAACACACAUUGGUCAGACUUUUAAUAAAAUUACAAUAAAACCGUGCCAUCCAUUUUAUUUUCAACUUCGGAAAAUAGAUACCUCUAAUAUUUUGUACAAAUAUUUAAAUAGUUUAAAUUUAAAAUUAUAACGUUAUUUUCAGUUUAAAAUAAACAUAGAGUUUUUAAGUGUUGUGUGACCGCGAAACACGGUGCCAACAUCCAUGGCACAGAGAUUUCGUAUUUGAAAAAGUUUUAAAUUUCAUAGUUUAACACAUCCGCAAACGGUUACUAUAGCAACGCGUGAGAAAAGUUGCAUUAUCUGCUACCGAUACUCAAUAAGAAUAUCAACAGCAUAUACGUCUAGUCAAUUAAGCAUAAAAUAAAUAGUACAAACAAUGAACGAAAUUGACUUAAUAAAAGAAGUCGAGAAACGUCCAAUUCUAUACGAUAAAUCAGUCAGCGGUUUUAAUAAAACUAAGUUAAGGGAUGACGCAUGGAAAGAAGUUCAAGAAGCUCUCAAUGUAUCUGAAUCAGAAUGCAAGAAGCGCUGGCGUUCAUUGCGCGAUUCAUUCAUUAAACUCCAACGGACGCACGCUGGACGAACGCGAUGGCCCUAUCUUCACUCGAUGCGAUUUCUGAUACCUCAUGUUGAGGUGAAGAAUGAUAUGCCAACCAAACGUGAAACAUCAGACUCAGACCCCGAAGAAGAAAAUCGACCUCGGCCCGGAAAUUCGCUCCCAGAUUUAUCUUCCGAUUCUCGUGAAAAAGAUGACGAUGAUGACUUUAAGAAAGCAAAGAAGAUGCGCCUCAACUCAACAGAAGAAGAUCCCUGCCAAUGUAACAGAACGGAUCUAGACGAGCUGUUCCUCCUGAGCUGCGCUUCAACCCUAAAAAGAUUGAAUUCGAAACAGAACGCGGCCGCUCGACUUAAAAUUCAGCAGGCUUUGUAUGAAGCCGAGUUUGGGUGUAAAAUGGGACCCCCUGCCGUGACUCCGGCAAGUGACUGUGGUUUCAAGAAGGUUAAAGGUUCUAUUGAAUAAAAUUAGCAAUAAUUAACACGUCAAUGCGAAAAUAAAGGAAAUAUAUUUUCGCUAAAACUCACUUGAAUUUAGCUGCCCAAUUAAUAUUAAACUUUAGUGAUAACUUCAAAUAUAUGUCGAGGUUAUAUUUAUUUACCGAGGCAUUUGUCUUUUUAAAUGUAUAUACAUAAGUUAACUUAUUAUAUACUUCGUUAGUUAUAUUAAUGUAGAAAUAUGACUCAUUUUAAAAUAACUACUUUAUUGUUAUCUG